CCAGCGCAAUUGAUUUUAAUUCCAAGUUACGUUUCUUCGUUCCCUCUCAUCUUUCUUUCUCAAUUGUUAUUUUCGUUCUCCUGGACGGAUAGCUUGGAGAAUCCCCUGCAAUUCUCCCAUCUGGGUUUAGGGAUUUGAAAUCUUUUCCUUCUUAUCCAGGGCGGGGGAUCUUAGCGGAGGAGGAAACCAUGUUUACGAGGAUCUUCUGCAAACCUAAGCAGGAAACCAAUCCCCUGGCAACUCUCGACAAGCUUACUGAGACACUUGAAGUGCUAGAGAAAAGGGAGAAAGUCCUUUUAAAGAAGGCUGCUACAGAGGUCGAAAAGGCCAAGGAGUUUACUAGAGCAAAGAACAAAAGAGCUGCCAUACAAUGUCUGAAGAGGAAGAGGAUUUAUGAACAACAAGUUGAGCAAGUUGGAAAUUUCCAGCUGCGGAUUCAUGAUCAGAUGAUAAUGCUUGAAGGUGCAAAAGCUACGACGGAGACUGUUGAUGCACUAAGAACCGGAGCAGCUGCAAUGAAAGCUAUGCAGAAAGUCACAAACAUUGAUGAUGUGGACAAGACAAUGGAUGAGAUCAAUGAGCAGACUGAGAACAUGAAACAGAUUCAGGAAGCACUGUCUACUCCUAUUGGCACAGCAGCUGAUUUUGAUGAAGAUGAACUGGAGGCGGAGCUCGAGGAAUUGGAGGGAGCUGAGUUGGAGGAACAGCUUCUUCAGCCUGCCACAACUGCCCCCGCCGCUCCAGUGCAACAUGUUCCAGCAGGCAGGCAACCAGCUCGCCCUACCCCUCGGAAGAAUACUGCUGAGGAAGAUGAGCUUGCAGCAUUACAGGCAGAGAUGGCUCUUUGAUUAGUUUGUGCAGGUGUUCUCAGAUCUACAGAGUAGGAGAAACCAUGUAAAGAUUGGUUGUGUACUGCAUCAUGGAGGUGAUUCCUUAGCAGCAACGACUCCAAAGCAAAUAUACAUAUUCGUUUCUUGGCGUGUCCAACUCUGCUAAAGAUCUUAUAAUGGAAGCAUAAGGGAAACAGCCUUGCCUUUUUUCAAA